AUGGUGGGGCCAGCGGCGAAGCGCCAAAAGCGCGAGACAUACCGCGCGGCGCAUCGUGCAGAUGAAGACUCAACGGAGCUGCCUAGGAAGAAGUUCUAUAGGCAGAGGGCUCACGCGAACCCCUUCUCAGAUCACAGACUCAUCUACCCUGCGAGCCCAGACCUUAUGGACUGGUCAUCGAUGUACCCGGCGUAUGUCGUAGAAGGCCAGGACAAUGAAGCCACCGAGGUUGUGAUGCAGCAGGGCGGGCAGACCGUGAAGGCAGUCAUCAAGCCGAAGAAAUUGACCAAGGACGUCGAGGUUGCGGAUAUAGGAUGUGGUUUUGGAGGGCUGCUUAUGGCCCUGUCACCCGUCAUGCCAGACACGCUCUGCCUGGGCCUCGAAAUCAGGGCUCAAGUCACAGACUACGUCGAGGACAAGAUCCGGGCCCUGCGGAACCAGAGCAGACAGAAGGGUAGCAACGGCUACCAGAACAUCGCCUGCCUGCGUGCAAACAGCAUGAAAUUCCUACCAAAUUUCUUCAAGAAGUCACAGCUGUCGAAGAUCUUCAUCUGCUUCCCGGAUCCGCAUUUCAAGGCCAAGAAGCACAAGGCGCGCAUUGUGUCUACGCAGCUGAACUCGGAGUAUGCAUACGUAUUGAAGCCUGGUGGUAUCGUGUACACAAUCACCGAUGUCAAGGAUCUGCAUGAGUGGAUGGUGUCGCAUUUCGAGGCACACCCUGCCUUUGAGAGGGUCUCGGAAGAGGACCAGGAGAAGGAUGAGUGUGUCCGCGUCAUGAGGACUGAGACGGAAGAGGGCAAGAAGGUGGAAAGGAACCAAGGACUCAAGCUUGUUGCUCUGUACAGACGACUCGAGGAUCCUCCAUGCUGGCUCUUCGAUGAACGGACUAUGGCCCUGAAGGGGAAAGAUGUGAUUCUUGCCGCUAUUGCAAGUUUCAUCGCCUGGGGCUAUGCCACCCACUGGCUGCCCGCAAUCCGCUGGGCUGGUCAUGCCUUCAUCGCCGGAUUUCUGACCUGCCUACUCGCGCUCUUCGCCAUCACCCUCCUACUAUCCAAGGGCCUGGACCACAAGAACCCACGGCCCUCUCCUCGGCCACAUGGACCGAAGUUCCUCGGUCGAAAACAAUGGAGCAGCGAGCUCGAGGCGCUACGAAAACGACAGUCCUACACGAAGAAGCCGCUCUGCGAUACGUCGACAAAGAUCUCCGAGGCGCUCGACAACGUUCUCGACCUGAUCACGCGCGACUUCGUGUGGUCAUGGUACUCGAAGAUUAGCGAGAAGCCUGUGUUCAGAAACGAGGUGGACAAAGCGAUCCGAUGCGCGCUCGAAGACUUGCGGGAACGGCUGACCCAGCUGGACCUGCCCGAGGUCCUGACCACCAGGAUCGUCCCCAUUAUGACGGCGCACUUUCACGACUUCAACGAAGCUGAGAGGGCUAUACGUGGUCAUAAACUCAAUCGCUCCGUCACAGAGUCAGAAGAGCUCGACCUGGCUAUCGCAUCAAAAUACAGAGAUGGGAAGAUCCACCCGGCUGCCAGUCUGUCGUACUCGGACCUCAAGCUCACACAGCAGGACUACCUCCGCCAGACCACCACCAAGAUCCUCCCACACGUGUUGCCGGAAAAUAUCAUUAGCAGCCGAGCUGUUUCCAGUCUGAUUCGCGAAAUAGUCGCGUGCGCUGUCUUGUUUCCUGUUCUACAACUCCUGUCCGAUCCUGACACCUGGAACCAGCUGAUGGAGAAUUAUGGGCGAGGCAUGUUACAGGAUCGCUCCACGGUCAGGAAACUGCGCGCAGCUCUAGACCAACACGCACCAUCGCCCAAACCCGGCAAGUCACCCCAGUUCCCGCGCUUGGCACCUGGUGACAGCGAGAGGAGGUUCGAAAGAUUCGUCAGGACUGUCCGAAAGGUGAACAACUUAUCAGACGCGAGGCGGUUCAGAAGCGAGGUCACCAGCCAGCUCAAGAGGGACUCGCAGCAAGACGGGCAGGACCCCGUCUACCUUCGCCGUCUGGACAUGGGCAAGAGGCUGUUGGACCAGAGGGUGCAAUAUCUUGCUGCUGGUGGGAACAAGCGAGGGAUGGCAUUCUCAGCGGAUCUGGGCUCAAGCACACCUGCAGAGUCGAGAUUGGAGAAUGCAUCACUUGCGGAGCUUCUCCGCGAUGCGUCAGGGCUUUCUUACUUCAUGGAGUACAUGGACAGGCAACGGUUGAUGAGCUUGGUGCAAUUCUGGCUGGUAGUGGACGGGUUUCGGAAUCCUCUUGAGGAAUUUCAUGACGAUGAUAACCUUCCACUUACACUGCCACCAUGGACGGAAUCAGACAGGCUGGAUCUCGCCCAGAUCGAGCAGGCCUAUCUGUCAAAAACGGAGCUUAAAGUCCCAGAUCCCUCCAAACGCACGGUGCGAGAAUUUCUCGAGGCUAGAAAGAAGGCCACACCAGAGCAAUUCUACCGGGCACGGCGAGCGAUAUUACGUGCCCAGAACGCUGUUUUGGAGGAGAUGCAAUCGAGGCAUUUCCCAAACUUCAAAAAAUCGGAUUUAUGGUACAAGUGUCUCGCAGCGGAGGAGGCUUCUCAAAGCAAACCCCAGCCCGUUGGUAGGCUUUCUGGUGAACUUCAGCCACCUCCUAUGACCAGGACAGUCAGUGCCUUUGCUGGCAAACCAGGUCCAUUGUCUCGAUUGGGUCCGAAAUUAAAUACGAAGCUACAGAGUCGACGCGCCGAGUCUUCUUCGGACCUGAGAUCAUCUAAUGGUAAUCUUGGUCCCCUUGAUGUUGCGCCAGAACGUCGACGGUCGGUGGAGGCUCGAAGGUCCCUCGAUGCCCGCAGGUCCUAUGAUGACACUUCUCCAACUCCACUCUUUGACGACGAAGAUUUUGAGCAUGAUGGAUUGGCUGAGAGCGUCGCAAGCCUGGACCAGAAUACCGGGCCGCAGCCACCUGACAAGAAGGUAGUUGCUGCCAUGGAGGAGGCUUUAAGCAACAUCUUGGAGGAUACCCGACCAGCUACCUCGGAAGACCUGAGAAAGUCUCUCUUUGGAGAAGGUGACGCAGACUCGCUCGUGUUCUCAGACAAUGACACAAACUCGAAACGUGGGUCACUCGACGCCGGCCGUGCGGGCAAAGAGCCAGAAAAGCCCAGUCUCUCGUCCCUUGGCCUCGUCAGCGCUCAUUCCCGCAUUGGUGUGUUUGUGGAUGACGACCUUUUUGGGGACGAGAACAAGUAUAUGUCGGACGAGCAUGAUGACGGGGAUGAACCCGAGAAAGAUGACGACGUAGGCGAUAUUCAUGAAGCCGCACCGGGAGAUCUCGGACUGGCCGAAGCAGUCACUGUUCUCACGACUGAUAUCGACCGGCUGGAGGCGCAGAAUGCUGUUGUGGAUUCGCUGCUCAAGAAGGCGGAAUUAACGAACAACAUGGCGGAAUUAAGGAUCUUGCGCAAGUCCAAAGCCAGUCUGGAAAGAGAAAUACGGCGGAAAGAGUUACAAAGGCAGCAGUACGUCGUGCAGGAAAGCGAUAACAGUUUGUACGGCCGCUCCAUGAUCAGGAUCAAAGGUAUACAGGUUGGGCACGAGGAGGAUGGCAAAGAGUUCGCGAUCUACGUCAUCGAGGUGUCUCGUAAUGCGGGAGAGAAGAUGCCCGCGGCGUCCUGGAUGAUAACACGCCGGUACAGCGAGUUUCACGAGCUCCACCAGAGAUUACGAUCAAAGUAUCCAUCCGUCCGCAGCCUCGACUUCCCAAGGAGACGCGUGGUAAUGAAGCUCCAGUCAGAUUUCCUGCAGAAACGACGUCAGGCGCUGGAGAAAUACCUUCGAGAGCUCCUGCUCCUCCCGGAUGUGUGCCGGAGCCGGGAGCUACGCGCAUUUCUCUCACAGAGCGUCAUCAUGCAGGACCUGGCGGAGAGCCACGAGCACAAUAGGAAGGACAUGAUCACGCGGCUAUACGAUUCUGUGACGGACGGCAUGGAGGACAUCCUGGGCAGCAUACCAGUGCUGGAUCAGCUAUCCGUCGCGGGGCAGAACCUCAUCGCGGCGGCCACAAGCCAGAUCAACACGAUGGGCCCCGGCCUACAAGGCGUGAACGGCAUGAUCGACCCGGCAGCCAGCAGCUCAGACGCGGCGACGGCGGCGGAGGCCGAGGCAGAGCUGAACGCGUUCGAGGCCGGGGCCGAGGGCAGGGAGCAGCUAGAUGCGGAGCCGUUCGUCAAGCCGAUCUGCGACAUCUUCCUGGAGGUGUUUGAGCUGAAUCGGGGCAACAACUGGCUGCGUGGGCGGGCUGUGGUGGUAGUGCUUCACCAGCUGCUGGGUGGGACGAUUGAGCGCAAGUUGCGCGACAACGUGCGCGUGCUGGUGCAGGAGGACGCGGUGGUGCGGUACGUGUCCCUGCUGCGCGACAGCCUGUGGCCCGGGGGCGGGCCGUUCGGGGCAGGGAGGAGGGCGCGCACGAGGGGCGAGAAGACCAAGACGCGGACCGAAGCCAGCCUCAUGCUGGCAACGCUGGUGCCCGACCUGGCGGCCAGCGUGGUCGGGCGGGUGAACGCGCAGGCGGCGAGCAGGAGGAUCUUUGCGACGUUGAACAAUGAGCGGCUGAAUGCACACCUUGCCUUUACGAUUAUGGACGAGAUUAUCGAUAUACUCUUUAAUGAGAGGUAG